AUGCUUUCGGAUAGAGAGCAAAACAUGGCCUCGAUCGAUAGGUUGAGCAGCUUGUCGGACGAAGUCGUAUGCCACAUUCUCUCUUUUAUCGAGACAAAGCUCUCGGUGGCGACAAGUGUUCUCGAAAAAAGAUGGAGGUUUCUAUGGGCCCAUGUACCCUGUUUGCAUUUCAGAGGGAUCGAUUUCUGGAAAGAAGGAACACAAGACUCAGAUGAUUUCUCGGAAGAAGAAACACAAGACUCGGACGAAGAAGGAAUACAAGCCUCGGACAUCAUCCACAGGGUUAUAUUGCAGCACAAGUCAAAAAGAAUGGAUACUUUAACACUCGAUUGCAUCAACUCCAACGAGUAUCAAUUGGAGACGUUGAUUAGAGCUGUCAUCGACCAUGGUAUCCGGAAUCUUUAUCUUGAACUUGACUUGGACACAUUCCCUCGCUACAUCUUCAACUGCAAAACCAUUGUCGACUUGAAGCUUCAUUUCUAUAGAGCGUUAUUGUCCCUGUCUGCUGUGGAGAAUGUCUCAUUGCCUAGCCUCAAGAAGUUUCAUGGUAUUAAUGUUGUGUGGGAGAAUGAUGAAGCCCUCCCUCUCUUUCUUUCCGGCUGUCCGUCCCUUGAGGAGUUGAAUAUGGCGCUCACAUCUGUGAAAGAAAAUGAUUAUGUGGGCUGCAUAACUAUAUCAUCACCCACAAUAAAGAGGUUUAAGCUGUAUCUUAAAGAUUUGACCUGUGACCCUAAAUGUAGGAUGAUAUUAAAUGCCCCGGCCCUUAGGUAUCUCCAAGUGGAUGGCUAUAAGUUGGGGUCUAUAACAGUUCCUAUAACCAUGGUCUCCUUAGUUGAGGCGGAUUUGCGCUUACGAAGUUACAAUACCGCGAUUGUGCAUUUUCUUCAGUGUUAUGUAAAGUUGGAGACCGCCAAGAAGUGCCUCCGUGUGUCCUCUGGGCCCGUGCUUGGGAGACUCACACUCGACGCAAGGAGAUUUUAUUACGUCAAGUGUAUAGGAAUGAAGGAAGUGCACGUACAUGGUGAAGAUAAUUUCUCCCGGGCUGAGAUGUCUCGAGAUACGGGACUUGGCGGCCACGGCAUCCUCGGUCGGGUUUCAAGUACACGCAUUGUGCCUGGCUUCGAGUCUUCGGGAGUAAGGAUCUAUGGGUUCGGAUGCCGAGAGCAUGAGUUUGAGCUAGUGAGGUAUCUUUUGGGGAAUGCCAAAGUUUUAACGGCGGUGGUGAUUUAUUUUCGCCACCUUCGAGUCGGUUGUAGGAAGAAAUUGUACGCGGUUAAGAUGAUUAUGUUGUUCGAGCGAGUGUACGCCAACUGUGAGUUUGCUCUCGAUUGA